UCUUCAAAAUCACAUGAUCUUUUGUCGUUUCUCCUAAAAACUCCCCCAUCUUCCUCCGUGAAAAUCAAAUCCCUAGUUCUUUCACCCUACCCUCCCUCGUAAUUUCUCCCCGUUAUCGAUCUCAUUAUCUUAACCGCCUUCCGCCUCCACUCACCUCUAAUCUUCGCCGUGAGAUGUCCCGCCGCCUUCACUCCUAUUCCGCGCAAUUAAGGUUUCCACCGUCAUUUUUGUCGGGUUUUUUUUUUCAAGAAUCGACAUUAUAUACCGUGAAAGAUUCGAUUUUAGGGUUUUCAUAUUGAAUGUUGAUUUGAGAUUGGUGUUUCGUUUUUUAUUCGGAGGGUUUAAAAUUUUUCUGGUUAGGAUUUUUUUUUAAUAUUGAGUUCUCGUAGUUGUGCUCCGAUGAUGCCGCGUAGUUCAAGGCACAAAUCUAACAAGCAUAGUUCUAGGGAUGCUAGGGACUACUCGGAUUCGGAUAGAGAUACGUGCUUAAAGGAGAAGGAAAAAAAGACUAAGGAGGAGAGCAAACCUGGAUCCGGUGAUAAGAGAAAGCUCGACUCCAAGGACACUUGGUUUUCGGGGAAUGGAGAUUACGCGGAGGAGUAUAGUUCCUUAAAACGCCGCAAUGAAAAAGUGGAUGUUGGAGCAAGCGACAGGUGGAAUGACGGUGAAGACGAUGAUAAAGGAGAGAAGAAGUCUAGGGGUUCAAGUGAAUCCAAGAGUAAGAAACAAGAGGAUGCCGAAGGAGAUGAUACAAAGAGGAUUAGAAGUGAGGGGAAAUAUAGAGAAUCGAGUAGAAAGGAGGAAAGGGAAAAAGAAAAGAAAGGUAAAGAAGGAAAGAGUGAUAGGCCGAUUGAGGCUGAUGAAAACCGCCCUGUGAAGCGAUCCGCUGAAAGAACUGAUUUGGAUGUACCAGAUCGGUUGCGAAGUCCUGAAUCAGAGAGCCAGCUUGAGAGACGAUUUAGGAAAAGGAGAGAUGCUUCUGGUGACGGGGAUAAGCGUCUGGAAGAUAAUGGAGAUAACUUGGACAAGCAGUUGUCUUUGAACAAUGAUAGUGACAAAGAUGGCAGAGCAAAAGAUGAGAAGCAUAAGGAUGAAAGAUACAAGGACAAGUAUCAAGAGGUCAUGGACUAUGAAGACAAGUGGCAAGAUGAUAAAUUGAAAGAUGAUCGACCAGCAAGUGAUCACGCUAAUUGUAAGUCUAGUGAGAAGCUUUUAAGGGAUGGAAAAGAUGAUGUGAAAGUUCGACAGAAGAAGUCCAAGGCUCAAGAUAGUGACUUUGAUAGAGACCAUGACUGUGAUCAUUAUAGGGAGCGGGAGCGCGAUCGAAGGCGUGAACGUUAUCGUGAUCUUGAUCGUGACUAUUAUCGAGAACGUGACCACAGCCGUGAUCAUGAUCGUGAUUAUGAUUCCCCAUUGGAUCGUGACCGAGAUCUUGAUCGAGAACGUGAACGUGAUCGCCGUUAUAGUGAUCGGGACAACGAUAGAGAUCUUGACCGUGAUGAGUUACAUGAUGAACGGAGGAGUGCUAGAUACAAAGAUAGUAAGGGAAGGAAGCGAUCUCCUGAUGAUCGAGAUGCCGGUAAUGAUACAAAAUAUAGGGGUGCCAGAGUACACUAUUCUGACAUAGAAAAUAAAUCGACUUCUGGUAGAGUUGAGGUAGAUGCUGAUAGGGGAAGGUCUCAGUCACGCCCAGCCAAUUUAGAUGCAGUUAUGGGUAGCAACAGAAGGAGGGCUUCUCCCAGCUCAAGGUCCCAUGGUGGGACUGAUGAGUAUAGACAUUUGAAACAAGACAAUUUGAAUUGUAGAGAUCUGAUGACAGAGCAGAGGUCCAAAGCAGCUUCAUCAAGAGAGGUAACUAGUUUUUCUGAAACAUCUGAGAGGGGUGCCAAGUACAGAUCCACAGAGAAAUCAAGUAGGGUGGAAGAGGGCCAUUCUGGGGAGUUCGAGAGGUCCUCAAGUUUAAAAGCUUCCCCAAUGAGUAUGAUGGAAAAAUCCCCUUCAACAAGUCUCGAGUGUAGAUAUACGAGUAGAAGUGGUGUUAGGCGGGGUCUUGAUAUAGAGGAGACAGGAUGGAGCAAUGCCUCCAUUGGUGGCAGAGAAGAGGAUAAUAGACUUACUCGAGACUUGCCUCCUGAGAAGCCUCUUUUGGAUGGAUCCUCUCAGUCAGAUUUUGUGUUUUAUAAUAGAGCUGGUCAGGGCAACUCGUCUCUGAAUUCUCAUCCACCUGGUUUAAGAUCUGGAGUUGUUAGUCCUUUCAUGGGUUCUCUAGAAGAAGAUAUUAGAUUUAGUAAUAGUGGCCGUUACAAGAGGGGUGAUCUGAAUGUUAGGAGAGGCCAUGCAAAUGCUUGGAGGGGUGCCCCAAACUGGCCACCACCUGUUCCAAAUAGUUUCAUCCCAUUCCAACCUGGGCCACCCCAUGGUGGUUUUCAAAUGAUGCCACAGUUUCCUUCCCCAUCUCUGUUUAAUGUUAGACCCUCAAUGGAUGUUAAUCACUCUGGAAUUCCAUAUCAUAUACCUGAUUCAGAAAGGUUUAACAAUCAUAUGCGUCCAAUGGGAUGGCAGAACACGAUGGAUGGUUCUGCUCCUGCCCAUUUUCAUGGUUGGGAUGGUCACAAUGUUACUUAUAGGGAAGAAGGGCACAUUUUCGGGGGUCUUGAAUGGGACCAGAAUAGGCAUCCAGUGAAUGGUCGCGGAUGGGACACCAAUUCAGAUGUGUGGAAAGGACAAAAUGCUGAUUUUGACUUGGCCUCAACAUCUCAGAAAGAGGACCAUCCUCUGAGGACCCCUCUUGAUGAUGUUUAUGAUGGACAGGAAUGUCAGAGGUCUCAAUAUGAGAAUGGCGGUAACAGUGUUCAGGUGAAAGAUCUUGAAAUAAGACCUGCCGUCAUGUCACCAGUUAAAGAAUCUUUUAGUAUUUCACCUGAGAUUCCACACAAGGCACCUGAUUCUUCAAAAAUAUCAAGUGAAGAUGUUGAUGCUCGCUAUUGUCAGGUUUAUCUUUCUAAGAUUGACAUUUCAGAAGAAUUAGCUGGUCCUGAUUUAUAUGACCAAUGCAUGGGUAUUUUGAGUGUGGAGCAGAGUAAAGAUUUUGAUAAAGAUGUAAAAAUGCUUGUGAAUUUGAAGAAUGGUGCACGUCCAGUGCAAAAGGCUUCCAUUGCUGUGCUUAGCCCUUCACUCAUUCCUGCAACUAAUGCUGCUGUUUUUCAGAAAGCCAUGGACAUUUACAAGAAACGCAGUUUACAAGUGGGUGUCAUCCCAAAUGUAAAUGGUGGAACUUUAGCAUUUACUUCUGCGUCCAAGGAGAAGGGGAAGGAGCAAAGCUCUGAUCAUGUUGUUGAUGGAGCAGAGGAGCCAGUUUUGAUGCCUGAUGCAGAAAUAGUGGAUUCAGCUAUGGAAGAUUCAGAUCAGCAGAAAGGGAAAUCUGUUCCGGCCACUACUUUUUACGAGAAUAUGGAACAGCUAGCUUCAAUUCAAAGGAGUGAGUUACCGAAUCAUCCGGAUAGCUACAAUCUUGGGAAAUCAGACCAACCAAAUACUGAUUUUGUCCACAUGAAUGCUGAGGUGCCUGAACCAGUUUUGAAUGGCAAUAAAGCAGAAGAGACAGAGACUGAGCAGCAAAUGAAUUCACUUGAUAAUGCACCAGAGGCUGUAUACUGCGCCGAGGAAAGACAUAGUGUUGGUAGAGCAGUUAGUUGUCCUUUAAAUGAUUCUCCCAAGGAAUCAGAGAGUCAAAUUCCUGGGUCGAAUGAGUCUGGGUCUGAGUCCGUAAUUUUAAGUCGGAUACAUCAUUCUCCUGAAAAUACACAUUGAGGCCAUUUCUAUAUCAUUCUUCUUCUAUU